AUGUUCUACGUUAUGUACCUGACAGGUCUUUGCCAAAGGCGCCACUGGCCUGACCCACUUUUCCAAACCUACCGAACACGCUACGGUUACGGAUCAACAGUCAGAGUAAACAACCGAGAGUACUCCACGGAUGUUGAAUACGAGAGCGAAGAGCUCGCCAAGAAUGCCGCCGCCACCCGAGCCUACAUGAUCUGCCGCAAUUUCUCGGUAAACGAUGGAAUGUACCCAGGACAACGGCCCGGCCAGGGCGCACAAGGACUGCCAACACCGAUAGGAGCGGGCCGACGCAAUACUUCCUCAUCCAACGACUACGACAGCUCCAGUACCACCAGUGGCGGCACCAGCCCAAGGAGCUCCGACUGUGGUCUUGAUGCUGCCCAGGCAGCCGCGGCAGGAGGACGACGACCCAGCAAGGCUUCUGUCGCGCCAUCAACUACCUCAGCAUGCUACUGCGGUCGCGGAUAUGUCCGUGCUUACGAGAGAUGCUCAGGAUGUCUCCAAGAGGCGGGAUACAGGGUGUAA